GCCAGGACACUCGGUCAUGUGUUCCAACAGCUCUUUCACUUCUCGUCGAGUGUCGGGAUUGAAAGUCAAUAAAAAGUUGAACAUUUCUCCGUCGGUCGUCCGUACAUUCCGUUGGUUAGGGCAAUGAGCAAAUCGGCCGUCACGAUCCUCGGCGGAGACGACGAGCUGCUGCAGAGCUUUGUCCGCGUGGGACUGCAGGACGGGGACGACGGAGGUCACCAUCACCAUCAUCAGACGCACAGCGCCAGUUCCGGCGGGGGUGGUGGUGGUGGCAGCGGAGGAGGUGGUAGUUCUGGAGCUGAUCGAAGUGGUGGUCAUUCUGGGCAUCAUGGGGGACCGGGACCGACUACCCUCUCGGUGCCCCAUCAGCUGAGUCAGCCCAAGCUGGAGACGCACCUGGUGAGGCAACAUUCGGAACACUUUUCCGAGGUCAGUGAUAAUAAGAAUGCGCCGCGGAAGUACAGGGAUCUCUUCAAUGAACCAGUUGAUAUGAAAAAACGGCGUUAUUUCGAUGAGGUUUACACCGAUAAGGAUCGCGCAGCUGCUGUUAGCAUUGGAAACUACGACAUCAAGCAGAACCUGCUGAACAAACGCCGCCAGGAACGGCAUGAGGCGCUCCAGCUGCCCGGAACGGACACCGAGGCCGACCCGGGAGCCAUUCUGACGCUGGGAAUGCGUGAGAUCAAGAACGGAAAUCUGGACAACGCGGUCCACUUUAUCUCCAAGGCUUUGGAGAUGAACACCAAUGAUCAGAGUGCUUUGGUUGCUAGGAGCAAGUGCUAUCUUCAGCUCGGAGAACCUGCUAAGGCUUUACAGGACGCUGAAACUGCUCUUCUUCUCGAUAAAUCCAACAUUAGAGCAAUUUACCAAAAAGCUGAAGCUCUCUACUAUUUGGGUCAAUUUGAGCAUAGCUUGAUGUUCUUCCACCGUGGAUUGAGACUUCGGCCAGAACUAGCCAGUUUCAGAUUGGGAGUCCAAAAAACCCAGGAAGCCAUCGAGAACACCAUCGGCAGCAACGCCAAAAACCAACCUCCCCCGGCCCAGAAGAAAACCCCUAAAGUGGACAAACCCAAGUCCGCCAAAAAGCCGGUUCUGUCCCGGGAAGAGCUGGACAAGCGGGCCGCACGUCGCCUUCUCGGAGAUCUCUACGUGGACAAGGAAUAUCUGGAGAAUCUGCUGAAGCACCCGGACCUGAAAAAGGCCGACGACAACUCGGAGGGCAUUUCGGAGUUUGCCAAGGACGCCAUCAACUUCCUGAACAAUCGGCAGGAAUUUUGGCGCCAGCAGAAACCGUGCACCAGUUUGAACUCGAAAAAGAUUAACGGAAACAAUGGUGGGCUGCCGAGAUGGUAGAUUUUCAAAACGCCAAUGUGUAGUAGUUUGUUUGAAGAGUUUUGAGUAGUACAAAUAUUAGGGGAAUCACUUUCAGAUUGUUAGAAUUUUUGGUAGUUGCGCAUAUGCUUGUUAAUAUGAAGAAGUUAAUAAUUAAGCACAGUAAGGUUCUAGAGGUUCCAGCAACACAAAUACUUCAAUAUAAUAUUGUCAUUAAGCUUGGUGUUACUUAUUUAUGAAGUCGUCAAUAAAUAGAUUAAACAUUGAA